AGCUGAUGAUUUCAAAUGCAUAGCGGAAUGGUCCAAGGAUGUAAAAGACUGUGGACUGCACUGCAAAUACUAUGGAGCUCGAUCUAUAUUGUUUGUGGAGCCUUCCAGCUUAUGGCAGCCAUCUUCUUCCUUGUGUCAGUCCAGGAGCUAACAUUGUAUGGCGUACUCGUAGCAGGGUCAUGGAAUAUUAUAAUCGGCAUCGCUGGAAGCGUGCUGGCAUGCAUAGUGAGCCCGUCGAUCAAAAGGCAAGAAAUCCUGCUCUAUCUAGCCAUCUCCAUCUUAGCAGUGAACGCAGUGGUCGUCAUACUCACGGAGUGGAAGCUCUACUUCACCGAUAUGCCAAAGUUACUUAAAAAAUAUACAAAUCAUGUGCUCAUAGAUUACGCUUUGUUCGUGCUGCGCAUCGCAGUCGCCACCGUGCUAGCCGUGUCCUUCCUGGAUAGUCAAUUCGCUUACUGUUCGGUCCAAAUUCUGCCGAAGAAGAAGCCCAAAAAGAAGGCCCACGGAUCACACGAUCAGGUCUCGGACAUAGAAUACAUUAUACCUAGGUCUAAAUCAACCAAACCCGCACAAGUGUACGACGCUUACGCACAAAGUUGGGUGUUCGACGCGGAGAACGCCGGGUGUUCCAAUGGGUCCGCCGGGGCAAAUGAGGCGCCGUACCUGCGAAUUCUCCAGAAUGGAACACCCAAAAAUCCACUGGGCAGGCCCGGCGGCCUUCAAAACGGGUCUACAGUAAAGGAAGUUACGCACCUAAUUGAUAACCCGGUGGUGCAUAUCGAGGAGGCAUCGGAUGACAGCACCAGCAACAGCGACAGAAAGCUCUGCCACAUGAAGAGCUUCUCCAGGUCAGCGUCGCCGGUCAUCUUAUCGGCCAGCUCGAGUCAAGUGAGCCUGAGCAACUACAACCCGGCGCCCGUCAAUCCACCCAUCUACGAGUACUUGGAAAAGUUGACCGAGCCACAAAUCUACAGAUCAAGACUGAAUACAGCGGUGAGCAGCAAGAGCCAAGAAGAGGAAGAAAUGACCCAGUACCAGGGGUCCCAGGGCGGUAUGAUGCGAAGGGUGGAGGCGGUUAGUCCCCAGGUAGUGGAACCGGUGCAGUACGCGUCCUUGAUGAAGGAACUUCAAAGGGCGAUUGUGAGCAAGAAGGAACCACCGAGCGUCACGUCGCCAUUGAGCACCAGCGAAAGCCAAAGCAACUCGAAGAGCAGCGAUACGGAAUUCUCCAAAGAAUUGGAAGCAGCUCUACAAUUAAUACAGGAUUUAGAGAGUCCCAAUACGGCGGAGACGCCUUCCGACCCGCCGAACUCGCGUCCCCUAGCCGUAUGGCGCAAGAACAGCGAGCCGAGCGAAAGCGAAAAGACGCUGAGCGCAGUGGGUUCCAUGGCGGAAAUCGCGUCACCCCUAACGGAAAUCGCCCCGUUGCCAGACCACCACCACCACCACCAUCAUCACUCUCCGCCCAACACCGGUAAGGCCGCGCGAGUUCUAGUUCGCUACCCCGAUUCCCAAAGCACGUCGGGCUAUAGCUCACCCUCGCACGGUCCGACCCCCAACUGGUCGACCACGUCCUCGCUCAGCGGCAGCAACAACGACAUCCUCACCUCCAAACCGCCGCCAGUCUCCUACCACGUCCACAACGCCAAAUCCACCACGGUCAUUUCGUUGUACUCGCAACCGAACGAGCACUCCAAGGCCAAAUCGGUCACUCUAGUCAGGAUAAGUGGCGAGUGCGACCCGCUCGACCACUCCAAAACGAUCGAGGAGACUCCCAUUCAUUGUUCGACCCUUAUUUCGAACCCUAACCCACCCAACCAGUCGCCUAACAGCACGUUUACUACUACUACUAAGCCGCCGACUUCACCCAUUACUACUACCACCGCUCCUGCUGUCGCCAUCUGUCCACCAGUUACCAAACCUGCGGAGACUCCUAAUGCAGGAUUGUGGUACGUCAAGUCGCUGCUGCGCAAAAAGCGGCACAGUAACGUGCCGAAGCUUUGCCCCGAACUGGAGGGCGCUAUCGUUAAGUCGGAAAGUUUGGCUUAUCUGUCGGAGGUGGAGCUGCUGGCCAGGGCCCGCAGAAACGAAGAGAUCCAACGGCAAAUUGAAGAGAAAGUCUUUCAACAAUUAGGAAUGCCUAGAGCGGAAUCAGAAUCCAACUGCUAGAAUAGAAAAUCGAGAAUCCCAGGCUACUUGCUGCAACAAUCUUCUGUAAAACCCCGAAUUCUUCUAAUGUUUAAGAGAAAUUAUUUAUUAUGAAAAAAUAUCAAAAAUUUUAGUGUAAAAAAUAUAUCGAAUAAUAGAAUUUUGAAUAUGGCCAAUUCUUAAAACGUCCACAGAAUUUCUUCAACUUAUUUUUUGUACAUUGUACCUCUGAACUUAAAUAGGUCAAUUUAUUAUUGUGUAUAUUUAUAAUUAUUGUGUAUAUAU